AUGGGAUGUACUACUAGCAAGAUAGAACCUAACAAGACUAGUUCAGAAGAUAGUAAUUUUCCAAAUUCAUCAAUCCAACAUCGGCAACCGGAUAUUGACCAGCUACAAAAAUGGCAAGAUAACAGACUGGAGAAAAUGAUGCAACAAGGUAAAGCAAAUAAAAAGAAUCAAAUAAAGAUGCUACUAUUGGGUGCAGGUGAAUCAGGAAAAUCUACAGUUUUGAAACAGAUGAGGUUACUGCAUUUAGGGGGAUUUACAGUGCAAGAGAAAAUCCAGUAUAAAAACAUUAUUUGGGCAGAUACCGUUGCUAGUAUGCAGACCCUAAUUAUACAAGCCAGAAAUUUGGGAUUAGAACUUGAAUCGGACGACCCGACAUCUGAGUUAUACUCUUCCAAGCAAAUGAUUCUACACUACAAACCUCUUGAGAGUAUUGACACACCCGCCGCUGGAGGAGUGGCAUUUUUGAAGGACUAUUUGGUGAAAUACAGCGAGAAGAGUGCUACCGAUAGAAGGAACAAAAGUAGUGGAAGGGCUGAUGUAGGAUGGAUGGAGCAUAGCAACCCCACUGAUGGAAGUUUAGUAUCUGACGAUAUUUUGAAUGAUUACAAGGAGACAGACGAAUUACUAAAAGAUUAUGCUGGUAACGAUAGUCAUAGUCCGAUUGAAGACAAAAGUGGGAACAGUGUUUCUAAAAGAGAUGUAGCCGAUGCAAUAGCAAAACUAUGGAGCUACGAUAGAGGAAUUAGAAGGUGUUUCCAAAAGUCCAAUCUUUUCCAACUGGAAGGUUCGUCUCCGUAUUUCUUUGAUAAUGUACAAAACUAUGCCGAUGAGGAAUAUAUGUGUACUGAAGAUGACAUUCUCAAGGGGAGAAUAAAGACCACAGGUAUAACAGAGACCAAUUUCAACAUCAACGGCAUCAAAUUCAAGCUGUUGGAUGCUGGUGGUCAACGGUCUGAGAGGAAAAAAUGGAUACACUGUUUCCAAGAUAUAACCUGUGCAUGUUUUGUGUUGGCAGUUUCCGAGUAUGACCAAAUGUUGUUUGAGGACGAGAGAGUCAAUCGGAUGUAUGAGGCAAUUAUGCUCUUUGAUUCGUUGGUGAACUCCAAAUGGUUUGCCAAUACUCCCUUUAUUCUCUUUUUGAAUAAAGUUGAUUUAUUACAUGAUAAAGUUCGAAAAUCGCCACUUCGGAAAUACUUCCCUGACUUUGACGGGAAAAGCAACGAUGCGGAGGAUGCAUUGCGGUACUUUGAAAAUUUGUUCUUAAGUUUGAACAAAUCCAAGAGACCAAUCUAUGUCCAUCGAACGUGUGCAACAGACACACAGUCAAUGAAGUUCAUCUUGACUGCCGUCACAGAUAUGGUGAUACAACACAACCUAAAGAAAAGUGGUUUAUUUUAA